AUGCCUCCUCGCUCGGUUCAAACCAAGGACACACCCCCGGACCUUAGCGUGCCUGCACGGCUGUCUACUUGUGAUUGUAGUUUUCAGUUUUGCUAGAUGGAUGUCAACAAACUGUACAUUUUACAUGGAGAGGACAACUAGAUCAUUUACAAAUAAUGGCGACCAUCGUUCUUUAUUCCAUGAACAGAACGGCGCAAACCACUGCGAGACUAUGUUUUUUUCCGUAUUCAACGCGAGCUUCCAUAGUGGACUCGCGCAUAUCUUUCUUCCAUAACACUUCGGUCCGCAGGUUAACUCCGCUUCCGAGAGCGAGAUGGGUUCCCAAAGCUACUGGAGUGCGGUUCAUGUCCAACGGGACUGCAGGCAAAACGGCAACCGGGCGAACCAGGAGAGGCGCACUGCUGGUUGCUGGAGCAGUGGUGMGUUUUGUGGCCAGCGCUAGUCACUUUCAGCGGGCUGAAAUGGCAACCAUGAUCCCCAAAACCGAGGAAACGAAGAUAUCGGAAAAAUGCAAGAAGUUCAUGUCUCCGCCGUGUACCGACGUCAAAGUGCUGCAGCAGAAGAAAGAGGAAAUGUGCACGAGGAUGGAGAUGCUGAUCAUGGAGACUCAGGCGGAGUUCUGRAGAGCGCUCGAGGAGGUGGACGGCGGAAAGUUCAAAGUGGACAAGUGGGAACGGAAAGAAGGUGGCGGGGGCAUCAGCUGUGUGCUGCAGGAUGGGAAGGUGUUUGAGAAGGCGGGGGUCAACGUGUCCGUGGUGUUUGGGAACCUGACCGAGGAGGCCGCCAAGCAGAUGCGCAGCAGAGGGAAGGUCCUCAAAGGCAAAGAUGGCAUCCUGCCAUUCUGUGCCAUGGGCGUGAGCUCAGUCAUCCACCCCAAGAACCCCCACAUUCCCACAGUGCACUUCAACUACAGAUACUUUGAGAUAGAAGAAGAAGAUGGCACUAAACAGUGGUGGUUUGGUGGCGGUACAGACCUGACUCCUACCUAUGUCAAUAAGGAGGAUGGUGCUCACUUUCACAACAGUCUGAAGGAGGCCUGUGAAAAACAUCACCCCAAGUACUACCCCGACUUCAAAAAGUGGUGUGACCGGUACUUCUACAUCCGCCAUCGUGGCGAGACACGGGGCAUCGGUGGCAUCUUCUUUGACGACCUGGACUCUCCCAGCCAGGAGGAGGCGUUCAGCUUCGUUAGGAGCUGUGCCCAGACCGUGGUGCCCUGUUACCUGCCCAUCGUCUACAAACACCUCAAUGACCCCUUCAGCCCAGAGGAGAAGGACUGGCAGCAGGUGCGGAGAGGCAGGUAUGUGGAAUUUAACCUGGUGUAUGACAGAGGGGUGAAGUUUGGACUGGCCACCCCAGGCUCCAGGAUCGAGAGCAUCCUCAUGUCCCUGCCCCUCACAGCCAAGUGGGAGUACAUGCAUGAACCUCCUAAAGGUUCCCAGGAGGCCGAUACGCUGGAGGUGUUACGAAACCCCAAGGAGUGGGUCUGAAAUGGCCGUUACCAUGGAGAUACCAACCUGACUCAGCCUUCAGAACAGGAGCCUACAUGAGGUGUUGACUGGAACAGGCGUCCGUCGCUUUGUCGUUGGCCAACUCGCCGCUGAUGCGAUUAGCUAGUUGUUACUGGAAAAUGCACACUUGCUUUUGCUGUCUGUUAUGGCUUGAUAUAAUAUUGUCUGUCAGAUAAGCCUUAACACUACCAUUUAACAUUUUUAUCUAGAGCGACUUACAGGAGCAAUUGGGGCUAAGUGCCUUGUUCACCUAGUCGGCUUGGGGAUUUCGAACUAGUGACCUUUUCGGUAACUGGCCCAACGCUCCCUGAACCGCUACCCCUUUGCCUUCCGCCCAACUGCCUGCAUUGCUUUAACUUGCCUGCUUCAGAUACAUGCUGUGUACCAACUGGUCUAGACUGGCUUGCUCUGCUAGUAUCUGUUUCUCUCUGGUCUCCAACGUAACCCAGGGUUGUGUUCACCAGGCAAGGCACUUUGAAAGAGAAUUCAUGUUUCAAACCGACCCAGGACACAAAGGGAAAGUGGAUUGAACCACUCAGGGUAUGUGAUAUGCCAUUGAUGUAAAAUAUAAUUAAAGAUGUUAUAUCCUAGCAUGUCUAGCACUUUGUACAUGUCAUACAACAUWUAUAAAUUAAAUUGAGAGGGGAUCAGCA